AUGGGAUUAAACAUAAUUUUCUCAAACGUAUAUUUGGUGGGACUAGGGAGACAGACAUAGCGAUUUAGCGAUACAUACUACGGGGAAAGAAAAAAAAAAAUUGGAUCGUUGGAACCUAAACCGCCUUCACGUGGAAAACCGAAGCCCAAGAAUCACUCAUGAACUCCCUCGUCGACUCAGCAUCCAUGGCGACGGACUCAGAGGGCUCGUCUUCCCCCCACCCAAACAAGCGCCGCAAAACCCUACCCGCGACCUCCAAAUCUAAAAUUAAAGACGACCGCAAUCACAAUCAGCACGAAUCCCUAGAGCAGCAACAACGGAUGGCCAAUUCCCCUUGCAUGAUCUGCUUAUCCGACUGUGGGAAAUCAAUCAGAGGAAAAAUUGAUUGCUGCGACCACCACUUCUGCUUUAUUUGCAUCAUGGAGUGGGCCAAGAUCGAGUCCCGGUGCCCCGCAUGCAAGCGCAGGUUCAGCACCAUUCGUAGGCCGUUCAAGGACGUUGUCUUUGCCCCUGAACGCGUCGUCAGGGUCCCAGUUCGCGACCAGAUUCACACUUGUCAUGCAAAUACAACUGCUGGGCCUUUUGAUCCUUUUUCAGAAGUUCAGUGUAGUGUGUGUCAUCAAAUGACAGAUGAGAGUCUUUUGUUACUUUGUGAUCUUUGUGAUUCAGCUUCUCACACAUACUGUAUUGGCCUGGGUUUUACUGUACCUGAAGGUGAUUGGUUUUGCCAUGACUGUACUGUCUGUAGAACUGAACAUAUGGAUAGAGAAAUGUAUUCUGAUAGGGACAAUGAAAAUGUAACACCAACCACUGAAGAACAUCUUACCAUCUUUGAUAUUGUACAAAAAUCAAAUAGCCCUAUGGCUGACAGAAAAUCUAGAGCAAUCUCUUCAAAUCCAAACCAGUUGUCACCUCCUGUUGCCCCUGAUGUGGAAAACAGUGUUCCAGAGGAAGUAAAUGUGCCUGGUGCAAGAAUGCUUCGUAAUGUUGUUGAAAGAGCAACUGAAUCGGGUACAAGAACAUUGCAACGUUGUCGCGAUGUGCGCAGUCAUAUUCAGGCACUUCGUGAAAACUGGAAUGCCUUCCGUAAUGGGUCACAAAGCUUCUCUUCUGGUUCAUUUAAAUCUGGCAGCCAAAAAGGCCAACGGAACAUAAGUGCAGUAUUGCAUGAUAGAUCAGGUCAACAACAUUCCUUAUCGUCCACAAGUUGUCAGAACUUAACAGCUGAAGAUGCUCUUGGUGGAAGUUCUGUGCACAACAGAGGCUCAUAUGAUAUUGAUAAGGCAUGGAAAAUGAUGAUUAAGGCAAAGUCAAUAGAGAGUGCUCAUGAAAGAACCAGCUUUAGUAAUCAGGUUUCAAAACUUCCUUUGAAGACAGGAAAAGCUUCAAAAGAUGCAACCGGUACAGUGAAAAAUCAACAAUUUGGAGCCAAGGGUCUGGGAAGAACUGCAAUGGAGAAGCAAUAUGAAUGUUGUUCUCUUAAGAGUGAAAUAGGAAGGUGUCGAUCUCCUAUGUUGGAAAAACAAAAGAAGAGUAGUGUUAGUACUAAGGGGAGUGUAGAAUCUAGUGAGUGUCUCACAACUACUCAUUCAUCAGGAUCAUCUUCAUUUUCUAGGAACAGAUGGCCUAGUAUUCAAAGUGAUGUUUGUCAUCAAAAUAGUUAUAGGCUGUUACAGAAACAUGUAAAGGGAGCCUCAUCAAACGUCACUGACGAGCACAAUGGAUCUGCUUCUUUGAUGAAAUUGGUUGGGUCAAUACCAGGAGCUUUUAAUUCAUUUUAUGCCAAAGCAGAGCUCAGAACAUCUCCUCCUGGGAAGGUUGAUUUUUCUAAGGAAACGGUUAGAUUGGGGAAGGGUGGCACUAAAGGCAAUGCUAGAGAAGAUGAUGAAGCCAAAAGUGAGAUCCAAUCUCUUGUCAAGCUGAACUUGAAGCUCCUAAGCAGAGACAAAAAGUUAGGAAACGAUGCUUUCAAGGAAAUUGCAAGGCUUGCCACUCAUACCAUCCUGGCCGCAUGUGGUUUAGAGCACCGGAAGCUUGGUGUUCACUCCUUCCCGGGCUCAGUGUGCAGCCACACUGAACAUAUUCAGCAGCUCCACAAGUCCACUCUGCUACCCAAUUCUUGCCGAGAAUGCUUUUGUAGAUUUGUAAAGGAUGUUGUUAACUCCGUUAUGUUUGAGAAAGUAGGUUGUGUUAACUCAACAAGUUAAGGUCUCUUCUAUGGGGUUAAUGCUGCCCAGCUGCUCUUUUAUUUUUCAACCCUUUCUAGGGACAUUCGAGCUUUUCUCGAGUCAUCACAAAGAUUUAUUUCCCUCUAUUGUGGAAAGUAUAUGUCAUAUUUACUUACUAUUUUAUUCGUUUUGGGAUGUGUUGUAUAAAUUGAUUCAAGCCCA